AACUCGGGCCGAGCAGGUUCAGGUUUAGACACCUUGAUGUAGGAUCCUGCAUAGAUGCGUUACACAGCUACAAGGUUGAUGUUGUUUGCUCUGUGCUAUUGAACUGGGGUUAACUUUUAUUUGUUCGGUCUUCCACCUUAGACUCAACAGUGCUGAAAGAGGAGCAGGAAGAAACUGAAGAGAAAUAUCAGUAUGAGAACCCUCAUGAUUUCCUAGAAAAAUCGUUUAGUAGUUUACAGUCCGAAAAGAGUUCCACACAAAAAAGGGAUGGGAUUCGUUUCCCCUGCUUUCAGUGUGGAAAGAGUUUUAGUCGUAAGGCAACCCUCAAAAGCCACAUGAAAACUCACCCUGAAGAGAAUAUGUUCACCUGCACACACUGUGGAAAAAGUUUCGGCACAAAAUUGAAACUGAAAUACCACACGAAAGUUCACAAUGGAAACAAACCCUUCACGUGCAAACAGUGUGGAAGGAGCUUCACUCAGAAAGGAAGCCUUAAGAAGCACAUGGCCAUUCACACUGGAAAGAGGCCUUACGCGUGCCCUCAGUGUGGAAAGAGCUUCAGUCAAAAGGGAGGCCUCAAGAAGCACAUCUCAACUCACACAGGGGAGAAGCCUUUCACAUGCCCUCGGUGCGGAAAGAGUUUCAGCCAAAAGGGAGGCCUUAAGAUCCACAUGAGGAUUCACACCGGAGAGAAGCCGUUCACAUGCCCUCAGUGCGGAAAGAGUUUCAGUCAAAAGGAAGGUCUUAAGAAGCACGUGACGAUUCACACCGGAGAGAAGCCUUACGCGUGCCCUCGGUGCGGAAAGAGCUUCAGUCAGCGAGGAAGCCUCGAGGGCCACAUGAGAGUUCACACCGGAGAGAAGCCGUUCACAUGCACUCACUGCUUGAAGAGUUUCAGUCACUCCGGAUCCCUCAGAUACCACAUCAUGAAAGUUUGCAAUAAAGAGAAGCCCGACAGAUCCCCCCAGUGUGGAAAGAGUUCCGGUCAAAGUGGAAAACACGGGACGCUUCAAGCCGGAGACAAGCCUUUCACGUGCAAACAGUGUGGAAAGAGUUUCACUCAAAAAGGAAACCUCAACAAGCACGUGACCAUUCACACCGGAGAGAAGCCGUUCACGUGCAAACAGUGCGGAAAGGGAUUCACUCAAAAAGGAGGCCUUAAUAUGCACAUGAGGAUUCACACCGGGGAGAAACCUUUUACGUGCGAUCAGUGCGGGAAGAGUUACCCUCGAAAAGGAGGCCUCAAGAUACACAUGAGAACUCACACCGGGGAGAAGCCUUUCGCUUGCAAACAGUGUGGAAAGAGUUUCAGUCAGCGAGGCAGCCUUGACAUGCACAUUGAAAUUCACAACCGAGAGAAGCCUAAAGGAAAAACUGAAGAACGAACUGAACUGAAAUGACUUGUCUUUUUAAACUAAAUCGGGCUUCUGUAAAGCAGACUCUUUGGGGAGUUAGUUUUGAAUUCUAAACACCUUUGAGCUACCGAGGCGGUUAGUGUGGGUGUGUUCUGAAACUCCACCUUCUUUUGACGCGGGAUUUAUUUUCCCCUGUUUGUUUCAGGCAAAACGGCAACGUCUCCGAUUCAUUAUAUGCAUAGUGUGCUGCCACAGAUAUA